AUGGAAACCGAUGUACUCUUAGAAUCUCCUAGACGACGUAAAUGUGGACAGCAAUCACAUCUUUGUUUGCCGGAAUGUAAUAAUAAUUCUUAUUCUCUUCGUAAUUUAGCUUCAUGGCGAGAAUUAUGUCGAUCGUGGGAAAGUGAAGAUAAAAGUAGUGUAAUCAUUACCGAUCAAAAUGGACACCUUCCCCUAUUUUGUAACCGCCUUGAAGAAGUUCUGCUUUGUCGACUUAAAGCAUCACGUCGAUCCUUAUUUGGCGUUAGCAAACUUGAAAUAUGGCAAUUAUUUUUAACUUUAUCCAAGCAUUGUAACAGUCGACAUUUAUCAAAGUUUUUUGAUGACAUUACUGAACGUAUAAAAAGGUGCAAUAAGUUAAAAACUUAUCAAGGUCGCGGUCGAGCUUUCAUUCGUUUAGCACUGACGAAAGGAUUACUAGCUAAUGUUGUCCAGACUAUAGCGGAUAGUACUCUUGUAACAUCGUGGUAUGAACCUGAUUCAAUCCUUUUAUCCCAUUCAGUUAGACAAAAUUUAUUAGACAUACUGAAUCAAGUAUCUGACAUGACGUUUGAUCUCACACUAGCUGUGCAAAAAUUAGUUCAAUUGCCUUACUCUACCGAUAUCGGAAUUUUAGUCAGACAUAUAGAUAACCGUGCUGUUGUAGUUAAAAUUCAGCCGCAAUCACCAGCAUCUGACACCGGUAUAGAACCCGGAGAUAUAUUAGAUCAAGUUUUCGGUGAAAGCCUUUAUAUGAUUAAUUCAAUUCUACGAAAGUAUCAAGAUCAAAGUAUUCCAAUUCUUAUUAUCAAGAAAAAUUUAUCCAAUGGAAUGCCCUUUGAUCCAAUCACUCGUCGACUAGAUCAAAUUUUCAAAAGCGAUAAUUUGGUUGUCGGCCAAGAGAUUCCUAAAUCCAAAUCUCAGCAAAUACCAGAUGCAAAUGGUGAAUGUUGCCCGUUACCUAGCUUAGAUGAAACACCAGUACAAGCUCCGGAUGAUGGCAAUCUUUUCUCAGUCGUCUAUGUAGGAAGUACAAAUAUGGGGAAUAAAGGUGAUAAGGCCUAUAUUGAAGAAGGAAUUAAGGAAGUAAUCAAUCAACAGAAACCAGAUACGCCGGUUUCAAUUGAACUUAAUGAAGGAUAUCUAACAGCAAGAAGUAAAUCCAGCAAUGAGGCUAAGGCAUUACUUGGCUAUUUAGAAAUACAGUAUAAAAAUACCGUUCCAUUUGAUCUCGUGCAAGUAUGA